AUGGCAGGUUUCUUAUCAGUUCUGAAAUGUAUCUACCUUACUAUUUAUAAUUGGACUAUCUUCGUUGGCUGGUUUCAGGUUUUGUAUAUGGCUUUGAUGACUUUGAAAGAAUCAGGUCAUGAACACGUUUAUAAUGCUGUUGAAAAGCCUUUGUUACUUGCUCAAACUGCAGCUAUAAUGGAGAUUCUUCAUGGUCUCAUAGGCUUGGUAAGAUCUCCAAUUACAACAACUUUGCCACAGAUCGGAUCAAGAUUACUUGUAACUUGGGGAAUUUUGUGGAGUUUUCCUGAGACUCGAACGCAUGUGCUAGUUAGUUCUUUAGUUAUAAGCUGGUCGAUUACCGAGAUUAUCCGAUACUCUUUCUUUGGUACAAAAAAGGCACUUGGUUUUGCACCUUCAUGGUUGUUGUGGCUCAGGUACAACACCUUUCUGGUAUUGUAUCCAACUGGAAUUACCAGCGAAGUUGGUCUAAUAUAUAUCGGUCUGCAGUACAUAAAGGGAUCUGAGAAAUACUGCAUCAGGAUGCCAAACCAAUUUAAAUUUUCAUUUGAUUACUUCUAUGCUGCAAUUAUUUCCCUCGGAAUCCAUGUCCCAGGCACUCCACAUAUGUAUCAAUACAUGCUUGGACAAAGGAAGAAAGCUCUCGCCAAAUCCAAGAGAGAGUAAAGAAACCGUAGAGGACUUUUAUAGCGAUCAAAUGGUUAACCAGAUCACUUUUCAAAAAGAAAAGAAUGCGGUUUGCCAGAUUAACAUUGUAUCCAGUUCAGCUCUUCUUAUUUCCUUAUUGUAU